UUUUCUUGGAAGUUGCUCCCAGGCAGCUCAUUUCAAAUCAUUUCAUAACAACAUUUGCGAUUAAAUGGGUAACGAUUGUUGUAAAACAAAAUCCCCAAAAUCAACAGAAUCCGUUACUCUGUUAUCACUUGUUGAAGGUGACGGACAAAGAAUUGAAGCAUCCUCUAUUCAAAACUCGAACCUAUCACAAAGUCUCUCCGAAUCUGAUGGGUUUAUAUGGUUUCUGAGUUUGUUCAACUAUUCUGAUCCAAAUCCUUUCGACUGUCCACUCCAUCCCACUCAUCCACUCAUUCUAAGAUCUACAACAGCAUACUGAACCGCGUGGAUGUAAUCGACACACUGGCUCUUAUGAAAACUUCUCGAAAGUUGAGAGAAGCUGUUCUGAAAAACAAAGAAGUCCACUUGAAACAUCUGGCAGUUGUUCACCAUAAAAACUAUGUGACUAUUCAAUUCAAUCCUAAUCAAUUCAUCGACUAUCGACAGGAACCAAAUGGAGUUUUGGUUUUGUACACCAAUUGGGGUUCUUACGGUUCUCCCAAAAUGGACGAACGUUUUCACGCCAAGAAUAAGACUAAAAAACAACGAUUUGUGCCAGGAGAGCAAUGUUUGGAGUUGGUUAAGGAAGACUUGAAGUUGAUAAUGGAACAUCACAACGUCGUAAUAGAACAAUUCAAGCAUGAAAUUGUUGACGAUGAUAAUGAUGAGGACUUUCAAAACAAAUGCAUCAACGAUAUGAAUGAUGUUUUGAAGUUUGCUGACUGCCUGACUGUUUCUGAAAUGAAUAUCACCGGACACCGGACAAUCUCGGAACUCGCCGAACUCCUAUCCAUUAUCCAUAGUGUUCGGAAAAUCAAUUAUACUCAAAAGUUGGAUCCAGCCGAUAACGGAUAUGAGAAACUCACUGAAAUGACGCAAUGGAAGGAACUUUUGGAGUUUGAGCAAACGAAUGUAACCACAAUUCCAAUAGAUAAUUUUCUGCACUUGAACAAGUUUCACGUUCGUCUUGAGAGAUUCUCAUUGGAAGGUUUGCGUAAGAUCAAGAAGAUUGCUGACGAGAAUCCGAACUUUGAAUCAGCUGAGAUCAAUGCCGAAAGAUGCAAGGAUAGGAUUGGACUUGGUCAAAUGUUCGACCCGACCUUUGUCUCGUAUGGACUUUAUGAGGGGACCCGAGGUGCUAAGUUCAAUUACCAGACACCGGACGGUAGAAAAUUUGCGAUUACCAUCGAAAUCAAGAGAUCGAUUCAUGAUUGUUCUGUAUAUAUGCGUAGAGAUGAAUAUGAAUCAGUACUUCAAAAGAAUGAUGUUUUCAAGCGCUACGACUACAAGGAUUACAAGGAAAAUGGAGACGAUUUCAACAAGUUGCCCGAAAAUCCACCAGUGAGAGACAGCCGAAAGCCGAGCCUGAUGCAAACCCUUUCGACUUACUGGACUUGACCACUCAUUCUAAGAUCUACAACAAGAUCUUGAACCGCGUGGAUUUUAUCGACACGCUGGCUCUCAUGAAAACUUCUCGAAAAUUGAGAGAAGCUGUUCUGAAAAAGAAAGAGGUUAGCUUGAAGUGUCUGACGGUGGUUCAUCAGAAAAAGUAUGUGACUCUUCAAUUUGAUCGAAAUCAUUUUAUCGACUAUCGCCCGGAACCAAAUGGAGUUACAGUUUUGUACAGCGUAAGAGUAAUUUAUGGAAUAUUUCGUGUCGAAAAGGAAAUUUUCGUGCCAGGCAAGCAAUAUUUGGAUCUGGUCAAGAAAGACUUGAUGUUGGUAAUGGAACGUCGUGAUAUCGUAACCGAACGAUUCAUACAUGAAAUUGUUGACGACGAUAAGGAUGAGGAUUUUCGCAAGAAAUGUAUCAACGACAUGGAUGACAUUUUGGAGGCUGCCGAGUUCAUGACGGUUACUGAACUGAAUAUCAAAAACAGGACAAUUUCUGAACUUGCCGAUUUGUUACCAAUUUUCCAUAUAAUUCGGGAACUCCGUUAUAGUCAAAAAUUGGACCCAGAAGACAACGAUUAUUGGAACCUCGUCAGAAUGAAGCCAUGGAAGAAGCUGUGGGCGUUUGAGCAAACGAAUACAGUCACUAUUCCGAUUUACCACUUUCUGCAUUCGAAGAAGUUUACUGUUUGGUUCGCAUACUUCUCACUGUUCCACUUGCGCAUGGUUAAAAAAAUGGCUGACGAGAAUGCCAACUUCAAAUGGGCCUUGAUCAGAGCUUAUAAAUGUGAGGAUCCGAUUGGACUCGCUAAAAUAUUCGACCCGACAUUCGUCUCGUACGAAAACAAGAAACACGCCACUUUUGGUUACAAUCCUAUUGGCGGAGGAUUCUAUCGGAUUCAGAUCUAUUUGAAACAUAACAAUUCGAUUGAGUUGAAGUUCAAACGCCUCAGAAGAAAAUAAUU